AUGAAAACAAAGUGGGAGAUAGCCACUCUCAAAAAAUAUGUCAGGGAUCAGAUUACUCCAAGGGGUCUUAGAAUUUUUAAAGACCCUAGCUUUGAUAAGGAUGACCCACAUUUCAUGGCAGGAUGGAAUAAGCUACUAGAUGGCUUUUCAUUCAGUACCAUGGGAUAUAUAGUGGCGAGAAGGGAGGAGAACCUACCUAAACUGGAUGAAGAGAUUAACAAAUGGAAAGAUCUCUUAAUAGAAUCCACAAGCCCUGAAAUUUACAACAGCAUCUUAAGGGAGAUUAAAGAGAAAGUAGACAGGAUAGAAACAGAGAUUAUAGAUAUAAAAAGAAGCAAAUACCAGAGAGAUAGAAACGACUAUGAAACAGGGAAGGUGAGGAAUCCUAAACAGAAGGAAAAUAGUAAUCAAAAUAAAAACAAGGAUACAAAAAGGAGCUAUAGAGGAAAAUUCCGCCAGAAUGCAUAUAAUUCACAAAUGUGGAAACAAAUGAAUCAGGAGAGACCGGAACAUAGGGUCUCAAGAAGUAGAGCGAGGGAAUUUAGAAGAGAUGAUAGGGAGCCACCCCAUAGAUAUUCACCAAAGAGAACCGUAACAAGGAUGGAGGGGGAAAAAAAUAGGAAGAGACAAAAUUCACGGUUCGUCUUAGGGUCACAGAACCAACUUACCACACCUAUUAGAAAAGAGCCGUACUAUGAAGGGAGUCACACAAUAGCAGUAGGAGAUCGUACAAACAGAGAUCAUACGAAUACUCAAGAAGCAGGGAGACAUCACUACGUCACCAAAUCUAAAACGUAUAGUGAUGUGGUAAAAGAAGGCUCGUAUAAUUACCAGAAAAAGAACCAAAUGGGGAAAAUAUUGAACGCAAGACAAACCAAUAGUGAUAGAUUAGAACCUAUUUUGAUGAGGAAUAGAAGUAUAAGUAAAUCGUUACCUCCAGAUACUCCUCCGUCACCUUCUUUUUUUCGGAGGGAUCUGAUACAGAACAGAAGGAAAUGGACAAACGAUGUACAAUUAUGGGACAUGCAGGGAAAAAGACAAAGAUCAAUGGAAGAAGAAGAAGAAAGAGAAGAGCUAGAAAGGAGUCACAGGGAGAAGAGGGGAAAGACAUCGAUUUGA